ACUAUCCUAGAGUAGGAAUGAAGAUUAUAUGCAAAUUGACCCAAUGCUGUUUUCUUAGGGUGCAUCCUUUGUUUUUCUGGUUUUGGUCUUUUCAUCAUAGGAUGGCAUUAGCUCUGUGUCCGCAGGUGCUGUGCAGCCUGGGGGGCUGGCUCUCACUCUACAUUUCUUUCUGCCACCUGAAUAAGCACCGAAGCUAUGAGUGGAGCUGCCGACUGGUUACAUUCACCCAUGGAAUCCUCUCUAUAGGCCUCUCAGCUUAUAUUGGCUUCAUUGAUGGCCCCUGGCCUUUUACCCAUCCAGGCUCACCCAAUACUCCUCUCCAGGUGCACGUUCUGUGUCUCACCUUGGGCUACUUCAUCUUCGACUUGGGCUGGUGCAUCUACUUCCAGUCUGAGGGGCCCCUGAUGCUAGCUCACCACACACUGAGUAUCCUGGGCAUCAUCAUGGCCCUGGUGCUCGGGGAGUCAGGCACAGAGGUCAACGCGGUCCUCUUUGGAAGCGAGAUCACCAACCCCUUGCUACAGAUGCGCUGGUUUCUCCGUGAAACAGGCCACUACCACAGUUUCACUGGAGAUGUGGUGGACUUCCUCUUUGUGGCCCUGUUUACUGGAGUGAGGAUUGGUGUAGGAGCUCGCCUCCUUUUCUGUGAAAUGGUCUCCCCCAAGCCCAAGUGGUUUGUGAAGGUUGGGGGAGUAGCGAUGUACGCUGUGUCUUGGUGUUUCAUGUUUAGCAUCUGGCGCUUCGCAUGGAGGAAGAGCAUCAAGAAGUACCAUGCCUGGAGGAGCAGGUUGAGUGAGGAGCGGCAGCAGAAGCACAACGGCCAUCUCAAAACGCACUAG